UCAACAAGUAUCCACUUCUCCAGUAUUGGGUUUAUGGUAUAAACCAACAGCAACGGUUGUUUGUUUUUCCCCCUUUCCCAGUAUUUUUCUUUCAUUUUUCGGGCUGUGAGAAGGCGGACGUGAGGAAGAGGAUUAUUUUCGUGGAAAAUUAACGGGCGAAGGAAAAAUGCGAUCGGAAGUGACAAACGAAGACAGCCUGACGGAGGAAUGGACCUCGAAGGAGGCCCACUCGAGUAAAACCCCUCGCAGAACAUCCCGUCGGAUCGAGAGGCACAACCUGAGAGCCUCGAAAUCGUCUCGCGUGAGUACACCGAGGGAGAAAACCCUCAGGAGACUGGAGAGUAACGAGCGCGAGAGAAUGAGGAUGCACAGUCUCAAUAACGCAUUUCAGAGCCUGAGGGAAGUUAUCCCACACGUGAGCAAGGAGAGACGUCUCUCCAAGAUCGAAACCCUCACAUUGGCGAAGAAUUAUAUUGUCGCGUUGACGGACGUCAUCUGCGCCAUGAGAAGUGAUGAUCAGGAAGGGCAAACACCAAAGACCAAUAAUGAAGUGGGGGAUCUAAAUAAUUGCCUAAACAUCAACACCCCGAAUUCGUCGAGGGCCUCGACUCCAGAGCUGCAGAGCUCCAGCGAGGAGAACCUCGUCAAUUCCACGUGGAAUGAUAGCUCAAGCGGAAUGGUUGUUCAUCUCAGAGAUCCACUGGUCUCUGAGGUGAACCAUUCCUCGAUGAUUGGAAAAAUGAUAAAUCAUCCCUAGGGUAGCUUUCGGGGGUCGGAGUCAUGACGAUACUGAAUACAUUCACACGAAAGUCCAUUUAACGAAUAAGUUUCCGCGGUGAUUUAAUGGUUUUGAAAAAAACAAACCCAAAGGAAUUGAAAAAUUCUGGAGUGAAGUUGUGACAUGAGACGAUCUAAACUGAAAAUCCGUUUUUUAAAUAUGUUUAAUGUGCUUAAUAUGUGGAAUUCAAGCGAGGUAGCUAAAUUUUUACAAGAACCUCAUCAAAAAUUUCCCCAUCUUCUGAAAUUGAGAGGGUUCAGCUCGUUUUAUCAUUUUAUCCGGUUGAUUGACGAAUUGUCAAUAGUGAAGUUUUGGAUUCAAACAAUUGCCUAAACAUUGGAAAAAUGAUAAAUCAUCCCUAGGGUAGCUUUCGGGGGUCGGAGUCAUGACGAUACUGAAUACAUUCACACAAAAGUCCAAUGCAAGAUAGAAAGAAAGUUCAACGAAUAAGUUCCCUCAGCGAUUUAAUGUUUUUGUAAAAAUAAAAAAUUGAUUAGAAAUCGUAGGCAACGUCAAGCAAAAUAGGGCUCAUCAAAUCGUCAAUAUCUUCGGGGAAAAUGAUGCGAUUUUGGCGUUGGGGGGCUCAUUUUCAAGGGUAAGAACAGACCGUCGAUAUGAGGGGUCAUUUAUUAGAUUUCACUCUGUCGAUCUCGAGAUGUUGCCGAUUGAAGAGAAUCUUUUUAGUGAGACCUCGUUUGGUUACACUUCAGCUAGUUAUUCUCACUGUCUGCUAAGCGAUUAUAGGGUUCAUUUGUGGGGGGUUUUGGGUAUUUACCAUGUGCCAAAAGAGAGAAUGUUCGUGCCAGUAUUAUCAGGAUAAGAGAUUUUAUUGGAGAUGAUAUUUUCUAAAUGAAUGAUUUGUGAUUUGUGGUGUCGAUACCGGUAUUGUGCAUUUAAUAGGUAUGCUGCUUAGAUUGAAUGACGUGGAUGUGAGUUCAAAGCAGUUGUUUUUCGGAGUCCUUACACUUUUUUAUGUCGAUGAUUUUUGACAUUAUUGGCGUUAGUGUGGAAUGAGUUUUCUUCAAUUUUUUAAACUAUCGAUUUGUCUCUAUAAUUAGAGAAUUCGGGAGAGAAUUUCUUGAGACGUUCUUUAUGGAGAAUUUCGUCCUUAAAAAAUUGAGGAAAGAAACCGUUAAAACAAAUUAAUUGAUGGUUUUGAGGAAGUUUUUUUGAAAAUAUAUAUAAAAUUAUUGGAUUGAGGGAAAAAAUGUCAAGACAUUUUUGUUGGGAAUUUAAAAAUCUUAAACAAUGUCUCGCCACUAGAUAAUUAUUUAAUAUAUAAAAAUAGGGGAUUUAGGAGACAAUUUAUUGAUAUAUUCUUUAUGUAGAAUUUUGUCCUCAGAAAAUGGAAGAAAAAAAAGACUUAAAAAAAAAUUCAAUUCAAUUACAGAAAUGAAAUUAAAUGAAUUCAUUUCAUUAAAUGAAAUUAAUGAAUUUUAUGAAAUGAGUUUGCAAAUAUUUCUGAAAUUAUUGGAUUGAAGAAAAAAAUGUGAAGACAUUUUUGUUGAGAAUUUUGAAAUCUAAAAAAAUGUCUUAUGAUUAUUGAAGGUGUCACAAUUCCAAGAAAAACAACUACUUUGACCACUAAAAAAUCCAAAAAAAUGACGAGACUAAUGCAAAAAAAAAUGAUCUAGUCAACUGCUACCGCUUUUCAUCCUUGAAAUGUAGUGAAAAAUCGUCGAUAACUAUUCAAUGACUUGAAGUCACGAAACUGCGGAGAUCAAUUAAUCCAUUGGAUAACUUGCGUCAACGAUGGAUUAAUCCAUUUUAAAAAUAAUAUUUAUUGAUAUAAAUAUCUAUAUACAGAAAUAUAUAUUAUAUAUAUAAA